UUCGAAUGUUGCACAAUGUCAAUAUGGAGGAACUCGCAGUAGAAGUGAGAUCUCAGAGUGGAGGGUAUUACAAGGUAAUUUGUUAUUGAGUACAAGAACUGAUUAAUUUCUGUGAAAUAAAGUGAUAUUUAGAUGUUUUCUUCCAGGCAUAUGUAAAGAAUAUACAUACAGAAGAAGUGAGCAUUGCCCGUGACGAUGAGUAUGUCUGAUCUUGUUUUCAAAAUAGACAUAGUACUACGUUUUACAACCUAACUCUUUUAUAUUUAGCUAUGAUUUUGCUUUAUUAAAUCGUUUAAAGCCUGAUUUUACAAACGUGGUGUUCGUUCGUUACAUUGUGUUGGAAUUGCGAAUUGCUCAAUACUGAAAUAUUUUUGUAUUUGCAGUUGGAGUAAUCCAGUGCGAGUGGCAUUCUCUGAAGUGCGCUUACCGUCACAAGCAAACAUACGAUGCGAGUUUUAUGUCGAUGAUUUAAUAGAGGUAAGCAAUUAAAUAUUAUUUUUUUUGACUUGUUCAUUUUUCUGGGCAUAUUAUACACUCAGACGCAGACAUACAGUAUCAGAAUAUAUAGCAGUAAUAGCGCUGACCAAACUACAAUGGCGGGAGUGUUACGCAAUUGGACAGUGGCCAAUUAUUAUUACAUAAUAUAGUUAAUGCUCUUAAUUCUUGUUCAAUUAAAUUGCAAUGUUUUAAAGACCAUGCAGAAAUUAAAUCAUGGCAGACUGCAUAAUGGACAUGCCUGGUGUCCCAGAAAAUUUGCCCCUUCCCCUAAAUCCCCCCCUCUAAAUACCCCCUAAAUUGGCCACGCCCCUGGGCGAUGGCUCAUGGUUACCUAAACUUUACAUGAAACAAGGGUAAAAUUUAGUGGCUGUGUACUUGCUAAAUUUAAUUAAUUUUGGAUUGGAGAAUACGUCAGGGACAUAAUAAAUCUAUAUUAUAAUCUCAUCUUUCCUAAAUCUGAAAUUAACAUUUCCAAAACAAGGUGCUUCAAAUAUCGAGAUUACAAAUUACUGAUUUAGUCUACAAAAAGUGCCAAAGUUUGAUCAAUCAGAAAAAGAUCAACAGUGUCAUGUUCAACAAAAGUAGUUUCAAGAAAGAAGUUAAAACAGUAAAAAACAUGUACUGUACAGGAAUGACAAAAAGAGGUUGCAAAUAUAUCUGAAAGAAGCUGAUUCAAAAACGAGUUUACAAGUUUAGUUUAAAAUAAAAUUGAUGACACACUGAGAAGAAGAAAAGCAUCAACAAAAAUAGUUUUACAAACUUGGCCACAAAAAAACCCAAAAGUGCAAAAGCUGCUGCUGCUCAAUACUAAAUGAACUGCAGAACAACAACAGCAUUUUCACAUAAAAAAGUACAAAAGCUAUUCAACAUGAAAUGAACUCUAGCUACUACAACAGAAUUAGGAACUUGCAAAAGCAUUCUGCUUUAACUAAAACACAAAAGCUGCCCAAUGACAAAUGAUGACUUAAAUAAAGAUUCUGUUAGUGUUUUGACAGUUUAAUAAAUCAUAAGUGUUUGAUAUUCAUUCAUUAUAACACUGUAUGAUUGCUGUGAGUCAGAAUAUAUUGAUUGUUAACAUGCUCAGCACACAUGUACUGUAAAACCUGUUUUGGAUCACAUUGUUUUCAAAGCGAUCGACAAUUUUAAUGCUGUCUUAGUUCAUCUUGAGAAAACAUAAACACUGGAUAGACAUUCUGUAUAUACAUUACAGUAUUCCGUUUUAAAGCUUACUCUGUUUCUACCAAGGUUGAAAAAAUUAUUUUAAUAACCAGCAAAAUUGUUUUAAUUAGUCCCAUUUUACUAAGAUUUAAUUAUUUUAUACCAAAUAUCUCCAAAAUAUAUUUUGCCUUUAUAUAAGUUGGGGGUGGGAGUGGGGGGAUUUCCAGAUGGGGAGGCCAUAUUGCCUGUUACAUCGGUGAGGUGCUUUGGGUAUAUUGGUAUCUUGGGUGUUUUGUUUGAGGUAUUACAGUAUGAGGACAGUUAAUUAAUAUGAGGUAUUCCGUAUUUCGUAUCUUAUCAAUUGAAGGCUUUAAUUUUGGGUACUUGGGUAUCUCCCCCAACUUUGAGUAUAUUGGUAUCUAAUGAACAAAUACUGGAUAUUUUGGUAUCCUUCUAACCCCCUGCCCUGCCAUCUAUUGGUCCAAUGCUAUAGUAGUAGACUUUGAAAACUGGAGUAAUGGGCCAGUGGUUGAACCUGUGAUGUUUGUUGGAGUCAACAUGCAGAAAGCAUGUGAGUGUGAGUGUGUGACUAUUCCAGGGAUUGAUCCUGAUUGCAGAAAUGAAAGGCAUGUGCUCCCACCAUUGCAUCAUCAACACCUGUUAUAAGUUUAUGCUUAGACUCUUGGGUUCAGGGAUGUUUUGUAAAAAUAUAUUACAUCAUGCCAAACUUACUAUAAUGCUAAUGGCCCUUGCUGGUUUGAAACCAUUUAGAGAAAAUGUACCAAUGUUCAAUUUGUAGCCUCACCAUUCUCAUCUUGUGCUGUAUAUAUGGAAUUUCCAUAAAAAUUUCUGUGUUAUUUUUUGACAUAUUUUAAUGUUAUCAAUUAUAUUUUAAUUAAUAUUACUGUGAUAUGUUAUUUAGCCUCCUCUGCGCAUCUCUAGGGAUAUUCGUGGAUCUGAAAAAUGUUAUUGUUGUUCUUAUAGGAGGAUUGCUGUAAUAGACCCUUCUGGAAAGUAUGUCACCUUGGCUGUAGAAUUUUGUUUUCUUGAUUGAGAUGUUAGUUUUUCUCUGAUGUCACAUACGCGAAAACGAGGCUCUAUAGCCAAGGUGAUGUACUUUCUGGAUGGGUGUAUUGGCUUGGCCAGUUGCAGACUCCUGCAUGGUCCCCCUGCAUGCAUCAAAAUUCAGAGCAAAUUAUGUAAUAUAGUUGUAUAUAAACCUAUAUCAUUAAUCAUCCAUUAUUUAUUGCUGUUGACAUCAUAUCAACUUUGAUGAUUUUACCCAUCAGAGGAGACUGCUGCCAACUCGAUGGGUUAAUCAAUCUACCAAUGCAUCCUGUUAACGAACUGUUUAUAAGUGACAAUUAAUGUGCCCUGAUCAGUGUGCCCUGCUUACUAUAAUUCUGCUCUGUCUAACUCUUGAAUGGGAGAGUGCUGCCACACAAUGGGUUUUUAACGAAAAAUAAGUAAAAAUGAUGGUUACAGUUGUGUGAUAAAGUGUUGAAUGUGCAGUACGUGCCAGAGUAGGAAGCGAUAAACGAUAUAUACAGUAUGUGAGUAUGGUUAUUUUGUGUGUGUUGGUGUUAUGUACUCAGGUGAAUAUGAUGUUUGUGAUGUUACUCUGAGUGUGCAUCCACACCGGGCAAGCUGAAAAGUUAGCUUGGCCACGGUGGGAAUCGAACCCGCGACCUUUGGGAUACUAGUCCAAUAAAUAAUCAUAUCCGGGUUACCGCCGCGUUAGUGGUAACCCAAUCUGGUUUCCCUAAAGAAAUCUCGUUACCCUAGAACCUAUUGUACGCGUGCUCGGUGUUUCAUUAAGCAAGCGAGUCAGUUUUCUUUGGUACCAGUCGCUUUAGUAUUCUUGUACUGGCGAUAAUAACAAAUUUAAUUGAAAAGUAUUUUUUGGUACAUAUUUUAUCUUGUGGUCCAGUUGGUAUAUUUGUGACGUAGUUGGUUACGUUACGAUUUACGAGCACAUCAUCAAUAAACAGUGAACUUUCCUGACAAGCUUUUGUCUUGGAAAACCCAGUUUACCGCGAGCAUAAUUUGCACAUGCAUUUAGAAAGCCUGGUUAUAGUUCAAAACUCUACACUAAAAUAUUUACGUCUACCCUACACUAUGGGUGCAGAGGCGGGACUCAAAAUAACGUUUCAUGUUACGGCCGGUCAUGGUGACCGGUCAGUUCCAAUUGCGACCAUGCAGUCAAAUGCGAUUUCUGCCCGUCAACUCCCACGAGACCUCACUCAAUGCAUUAAGCAACGAUCAAAUUUCAGCUCGUGGCGCUCUCAACUUCAGUUGUGACUGUCGAUUCUGUUGAUGCCGAGAUGCACGCAGUAUAAUUAUAACACAAUUAAAGUUUUAAAUAUAAACUUCGCCAUAUCUUAAUUUGGUCUAUUAUAAGUUAUCUGACCAGCAGUUGGCAUAAGAAAUUCAACAACUUAAAUUCGAAUGAAAAGUUUAAUACGAAGAAAAUUCUUACAAAAUGUGGUCGGUUUCUAUGACCGGCGUCAUAGAAAUUUGACCGGUCAUAUUAAACAUUUGGCCCGUCAUUGACCAGUGACCGGCCAUUAUUUUGAGCCCUGGGACUGGGAGAAGCCAUGGAGCGAUAUUACCUUCACGAAUUCUGGAGUUGCAGGUUACUCCAAAACCGUAUGGAGGAAGUGAAGCUAGCUGUCAUCUAAACCUGGAGUCAAUAGCUAUCAAGGGAUCAAAAAUAGUCUAAAACUAAGGCUAAAGUAGCUAUUGAGCCAAAUUCAAAAGCUAUUUGGGCAGGAUCUAUACCUGAGUCGCACACAGUUUGAUUUCAGGUUCUAUUCUUGUCCCCAGGGUACUAGUUUUGGUUUACUUGGUAGUCCCAGGUCCUCCAUGCAUGUCUACCUGCAUUCCAAUAUUGGCUACCUUUGCAAAUAUAAAAUAUACAUCUGGACAUGCAUGCCCCACACAAACAAUUUAUUUGAAAGAUAAUUUUCAAGUUUGGGGUUUGAAAGACUUCUAUGACUUUGCAUUUAAUAAAGUAGCUAUAUAAGAAUAAUAUCUAUAAGAAUAAAGACUUUCAUUCGUGCAACUUUAAUAGGUCCUCUCAAAAGCACAAGACAAUGAUCCCUUUUGUUGGUGGUUGGCAAGAAUUAUGUCAAAGAAAGGAGAGGUACCGUACUCACUGAUAUAUUUUACUCUCUACAUGUUUAACACUAGGAAUUUUACUCCUUAAAGGCCUUGUCACACUAUUGCGUAUGAGAGCAACGUAUGAGAAGCGUAUGAAAAUUAAUGAAAUAAUUUUCACACGCACAAAAAUUCUUUGAAAUGCCAGCGUAUGAGUACCAUACAUCUGGCGUACCUCUAGCGUAUUCAGCGUGUGCCUAGAGUAUGCUUAUCGUAUAAAGCAUACGUCCGAUACGCACAAAAUUUUUGAGCAUGCUUAAAAAAAAUUUUCUGCCUCGCCGUAUGCCACCGUACGUGAAACGUAUACAACCUAUGCCUAACGUACCCCUAGCGUAUGUCGGCAUAUACCGGCGUAUGAGAUAUUUUUCAUACGCUAGUACGAUACGCAAUAGUGUGACAGGGCCUUAAAGAAGACUAUCUGUGCAUGCAUAAAUUAAGUUUAUUUUAGCUUACCGGCCAAGAGUUAAGUUCCGGUCAAACAAGAAUGAGAGUUGCCUGAGUUGAUGAGAUUGUUACAGGAGACAUUUCAAGCUCCAGGUUAACAUAAUAAAGGUUUCAUGAGACAUGAUAAGUGUUCCAACUAGAUUGUAACUCAAAUAAAAUGCAUGAUAGUGUUGGAAAAACAUCAAGAACAGCUAACGAAGAUCGUGUGACUGCCAACUCUCAUGCACUCUCGUUUGAUCCGGGCAGAGUCUUCCCUGGUGAGAAACCUCGAGGAUCAUGUGAGGAUGUGCAAAGAAGCAAUCCUUAACAGACCUUGGAGAUUCUGAUGAGGAUUCUUGAUAUGCAGGCUCAGGGUCAAGGAUCAAAUCAUGGAAGAUUUUCUUUCAGAUUUUUUCUAAAAUCCUGGCAGGAUCCUGUUCAAAGGGAUCUUAAGGUUUCUUGAGGAUCCUGAAAUAGUGCUGUGCAAACUCCGGUUUUUCAGCUCUGGCUCCGGCCGAAUUAUAGCUCUGAGCUCCGGCUCCGGCCACAUCAUAAAAUAUUAAAUAAAUAAUACGAUCAGAGAAAAUUUAUUAAUAUUAUUAUAGGUAACCUUUUUCGCACUUCCAGCAUCUUUAAUCUGCAAAAUCUGUCUACAAACUCCUAAUUAUCAGAAAACAUAACUCAGCAUACAAAACAAUGAAAACACUUAACCACGCAGAAAAUAUCUAUAUGGAAACCAGCCUCGAUAGCAUGACGCGAGGCAUGACGCUAACACUCUUAGACUCCACAGCGCAAUUGUUCGCAUGCAAACAAAGUACUCUGUCAUUUUCAAAAGGUUGAUAUUUAUUUGUUUCGUACUUUUUCGUUAUCUACAAGGCAUGAAUACACAGACUAUGUACCGCUAAGUCAGAUGGCUUCACGAAAGCAUGACGUUCAGUGCCUUUUUUAAGGAAUUCUCUACCAAAACAGAAAAAAGGCAGAACGAAAAAUUUGAGCCGUCGAGGUUUGGCGAACGCGCGACUGGCGCGAGUCUAAAGAGAGAUUUUGUAAAACUUUAAUUUAUUAACUUCAGCUGUAUUUUACUUUAAACAAUAACCAGUUCAACUCUUUGUAGCUAUAAUCGUACAGCUAUAACCAGUGGCGUAGCCAAACCUUAAUUUUGUGGGGGCGAACCUCACGCCGAAGGCGUGAGACCAUCUAGGAGGGUCCGGGGUCCGGAAAAUUAUGAAAUCCAGGGGUCCCUGAAUUGCGAUUCAUGCAUUUUGGGGGUGAAAUCUAGCAGAAUUCCGAACAUUAUAAAGUGCAUCGAAGACAUGAAUUUUUCCAGACAUUUCUACUCGGAAUAAAUAAAUUGAAAAAGUCACCUUGAAAAAUAGGAGUAGGGGUCAGUGUCACUUUAUUUCCUCUCUGUGAUGCCGGGGGGGGGGGCGUUCCCAAUGUGAUUUUGAUCAGAAAUGUUGCAUUUACAUCAUUUAGGGUUCUAUGAGAUACCAUUUCCGCAUUCUAAAAAUUGUGUUGCUUUUUCAUACGAUACAGAAAUAAGUCUGAGAAGAAAUAUUCAUGCUAUGAUGAUGCAUACAUGUAUUUAACAGUUAAAAAUCUAAACUAAAUCUAUUCUUCUUGGAACCAUAUCUACAACUGCUUUAACGAGAUUUCACAAAUCAAGUUCCUCCAGUAUAUCGUCUUUUUCCUCAGUCGAGACGUACUUAAUCAGUUUCAGCUUCGAGCAUGUAACGUGUACCCCCCCCCCCUCCCCAAUUUCUCUACGGAUUUAGCCUUUCUGAGAGAAUGGUUUUUGUGGCGACUGGGGGAGGGGAGGGGGGCUCUUUAUAUAACUUGAUAUUUUUAAGAAAAAAAUUUUGCAAUAAAACUCCCAAAACAAAACACAACGCCUCUGCAGAGGAGAGUGCUAGGAAAUAGUCGCAAGGCUUGGAAAGGCUAGCAUUUUAUCGGAUUGUUUGCAUGAAAUCUAUCGCUAUUAUGAAAUACUCGGUGAAGAACAAUAUGAAUUACACACAAGAUGGCUGUGGAGGAGGCUAUGGAAGGGCAUAAUCUCAUCAAGUAAAUCAACUGCAAUUCUGACAGCAAUCAUGAGCAAUUCUGCUUCGCCCUUCGGGGGCAGAAAUGGUUUUACUGGGGGGGAAUUCUUUCCCUGGCAAUUGCCCCCCCCCCCAGAUAUAUAGUUAAAAAAGGCACUGAUGACGCUGUUCCUGUGGGCUGUGGCAGUUUGAGUCUAUGAUGAAUUCAUUAACAUCAAUUGGCAUUUUGCAAUGACUAACAAUCGUUUGACAUUUGUCUCAUUUCAUAUUGUUUUCUUGUCAUUUUGCUGGAGUUGGGAAAACGUAACUCCGGCUCCGGGCUCCGGCACACAAAAUUCUGCUCCGGCGUCGGAAAACCCGCCGGAGCUCUGGCAGAACUCCGGCUCCGGCGCACAGCAUUAUCCUGAAAACGAAUCCUGCACCAGUGUUUAUAGCGGACGAUGUGUGCAAAUGCUUUUUAGGGACCGGUCAUUAAUAAUGAGAGGGAGGGCGGUGGGUGAGAAAAGGGGGGCGGCUUCAACUAUUUUUGCCUGAAUUGGGGGCGGCCUCAAACUGGAAAAUAUGUGACAAGGGGCAACCCCAGUUUUUUAAUACUUUCCUACUCAUUUUUAAUCUCUCCCCUUUAUCGUAUCCCACAAAAUAAUUCACCUUUUUUAGUUUCUAUAAUCGUAGUUUCCAUAGUUGAUUACGUAUAUGCAAUUCAUAGAAGUCGGAGUAAAUAACAACCAUUUUGAAUACUGGUCCUCUAAUUAUUUAGGCUACACAAUGUCUUACACCAGUACUUGUUCCAUUACCUAUUUUACACCAAAAAAUGUAACGAAUUAAAAGUUUGAGGGGGGGGGGGGGAAGUCCUAAAUUUUCUAGAUGAAGGUGGGGGCGUCUUGAAAAUAAAGGUCUUGCGAUCGGGGCGGUUCUAAAAAAAUGUUCAAUAUUUGGUAUUUAUCACCCACCGCCCCCUCCUCCCAUUAUUAAUGACCGGUCCCUAAUAUAGGGUGUUGGUAACAUCUGCGUAUCAUUGCCACAUUAUAAAUUGAGAAAGUUAACAAUGUAUCAUAAUACAACACAAUCUGUCACAAUAUAAAUUAAGAAUCAAUACAUGCAUGAAUUUGCAUUUUUCCAUUUCUACUUGUUGUAUUAGUAUAAUUGUGAGACUCGUUAAUACAUUGAUGAAGAAAACACAAGAAAAAUCAUGACCAUGAAGGAGUUUGUAUAUCUGAUACAGAAACAUGCUGAUUUUAUACUUUAAGUUUAAUUUUCUCACCAAAUAUCAUUCAUUCAUUUUAAAUUGUUGAAGAAUACGAAUGUUCUCAUUGAGACGUUUCACAAGCUAUAUAAAGCAUUCGCGUCCGUGUUGUAUCAGACAUACAACUGAACCUCUCGAGUUUGUAUACCUGUGCUGAUACAACACGGCCGCUCAUGCUUUAUCGAAUUACUUAAAGGACAAAAAGUGAAAAUUUUGAUUAGGGGACAGAACAAAGAAAACAUGAAAUACCCUUUAAAAUGUCUUUCAAUUUGGAGCUACAUUUCUCAGCCUUCCACAAAGCUUGCGAUUGUUUGCUACAGUCUAUUUACAUUUUAUUCAAAUUUUCUUCACAAGUAGCGGAGUCUUGGUAUUAAUAAUAACACAGGAGAAUGUUAUUGAGAUGCAGUAGUGCCAUCCAGUCAUGUUCCAGUGAAUGUAUCCGAUACAAUGUAAACAUAGCCUUAGUAUUAAACAAAUAUACAGGAGAAUGCUAUUGAGAUGGUUAAUUUUCUGUCAAUAUAUAACGAUGCCCACACCUUAGCAUUACUGUAGUGCCAUCCAGUCAAGAUCCAAUGACUGGAAUGUUCCAUUCACUUGCUCUACAGUAUUUUAAAAAGGCUCAAGGUUUCGAAACAUAAUUGUGAACACUUUUAAGCCUGUGACUGUGUGGAAAAACCAAGGUCAGGCCUAGACUUGUAGACAGUGUAAACACGUCUUUUAACUCUGCUAGAAGGCAUAUACUGACAUGAUAUUAUGUCGAGUUUUUUCUUGCGAUGUUCAAAGUUCUCGCAUUGUACCUGUCACCAAAUCUAGUCUAAAUAUAUUUUGAAGUAUAAUUUCAUUUUUAAACGAUUAUUACAGCCCCUUGGGCAUGGCCAUGCAUCUAGACGACACGGGACAAAUUUUAUCGACCAAGCCAAGGCUGCUUUUCUAGUUAAGCGUUUUUCAUACGUGCGUGUACGCAGGGAGAAGGUUAAGUCGUUCUAAAUUUUAUAUAAAUACUAAUAACCUCAACAAAUUCACAAUAAACCAUACACAAAACUAAAUGCUGUCUUUUAUUUAUCCAGUUUUUUCAUAGGUAUAAACUUUCACCUGCGUGCAUAAUAAAGUUAAAAUUUUCCAGACAAACAUUUGCCCGCUGGCCACUACUCAGGGAUUCCAUGGCCAAAGCGAUUUUUGCUAUUUGGAUAAAUGAAUUAUUAGACUUGCAAAAAAGGAAAAUCGUUUUGUCAAAUGGAGGUGAGAAGCACUUCAAGGCUGAAGACAAUAGAUCAUUACUCAUUAGCUCUCAAAUUAAGGAAAUAGUCAAGCAUCUGCAAUAUGUAUUAUAAACCCUUUUGUUUUCUUUUUAAAGCGUAUGUGUUAAUGACCUUUAAUUGGACAGUAUAUCGCAUAGUUGACAUGCAAUAUCAAAUGUCACUGGGAAGACAAACUCAUAUAACGACUUUGUGUCGUUUUAGUCAUUUACACUAAACAACCACUGACACUGUAUAUAGGAUAUAUCGCUUGAUACGAAAAACAAAUCCGUGUAUCGAUGUAUGUAUAUAUGCAGUAUGCUCUUAAAGUAUUUGCUGAUGAUAUCGGUAUAAGUUAUAUAUAAGUCACAUUUGGUAACGACAAUGACUGCCUUUGCUUUGUUUUCAAUGUUAUGUGACAGUUUGUCUCGAAUCGUAGCUGGAGGGAUUGCAUUAUUUCUCGCAGUUAUUAUCACAAGGUUGAUCUAUGUUAUCGUAAAAGAAUUUGUGAUAUCAACAAACGUCGAAGAACAAAGAACGAGUCAAAGGAAAAUGGAUUUUUUUGAGUCCGUUCUGGAUGAGCUUCAUGCACUUGGUGGCGCAAACAUGUGUUGUGGUCUUAAUCUCAAGUCAAAAUCAUCUCUGCUUUAUGAUCAUGUAUACAAUGCCCUGAAAUGCGUUUCGAAAAAGUAUCCACUACUUCGGACUGUUAUUGUGCGAAAAGGUGAUCGUCAUAAUAAAGUUGUGAAGUAUUUGCGUGUUAUAAAUGACAAAAAUAUGGUGACUUUAACCAAAGUGAGUGUCGAGGACUGGGUGUCAGUUUGGGAGAAAGAAGUGCAAACGAAAUUCGAUUGUGAAGCAGGACCGUUGUGGCGUACGAGCAUAUUGAAGGAGCGAUACGAUACCGUGAGGGAAGUGUAUAGUAAUACUCUCUUGUUUACUUUUUAUCAUGGAACAAUGGACGGCUUGGCGGUUUUAAAAUUUGCACAAGAAUUUGUAACAUGUUUGGAAAAAAUUUCUAAAGGAAUCCAGAAUAAUAAAGAUGGUUUCAAAACAGGUAUUUCACCAGGCGUCAUGACUUUACUAGCUCCAAGACAGUUCUUACAUUUCAAAAUAAUGCAGUGGUUGUUACCAGAGUGUGUAUUAGUAUACUUAGUGAAAUUUGCGAUGCGUGUUAAUCUUACGUUUGACGUCAAGAAUCCAGUUCUUUCGAAGUUUGCAGGAAUUAACUCGGUUGGGCAGGAAAGAAUUAAGAUUAUUUCCCGCCAGUUGAGCGCAGAAAAUACGCAAAAAUUAAUUACAUUUUGUCGAAGAAAUUUUUGCACAGUAUAUGGAGCAAUGUUAGCAUGUUGUGACUUAGCUGUUGCAAAACUUCUUGAAGGCGGUAAAAUAAAAGGAAUGAAUGACCCUGUACGAUUUGGAUGGUAUUGUCCAGUGAAUGUUAGAGAUCAAUGUGUACCAAGGAUACAGCAGGAUGAUUUGGGAUCGUAUACUACAGUACUCAUGGAAAAUGUUGAUGUUCCGGAUAUAAAUACAGGUAACCCUCGAAUGUUCUGGAAAUUUGCGAAGCAGUGCACUCAGGAGGUCCAUAACGGAAUCAGAAAUGGUCGCCAUCUACUCUCGCUUUAUCUUCUACCAAUUUCCCAUCUUGUUGAUCCCAAAGAGUUUGUUUCGGAAUUCAUUCUGCAUUCAAAGAUGAAGCAACCAGAAUUGAUGUCUCCUGUGCAUUCGUUGACUAACCUGGGUAAGAUUGAUUGGAUGAAAGAAGAGACGUAUGAGAUUGAGAGUGUCUUUGGAGGUUCUGGGGCGUAUCAACAUGGAGCGAGUUUUGUGAAUCAUAUGGCAACGUUCAAUGGUGUGUUUAUGUGGUCUACUUCGUAUAUCACCACAAGUGUGACAGAAGAAACUGCAGAGAAAUAUGUGGACCUUGUUUUUGAAAUUCUUCUUAGUGUUCUUUCAUCUACUGAUGAGGAAUAAAACAUACAAACGAAAAACUAAAUGAAAUCAACACCGUAUCGUGUAUUCAUAAGACUGUAUUGAUAUUCUCGUUCAGGUUCAGAAAUUUUAUUCAGUUUCAGUCACAGAAAUGAGUCUAAGAAAGCUUUAAAAUAUUAAGGAUGCAUAUAAAAUAUUUGAACCCAUCUGUAUUGAAAGUAACUUUCAUUGACAAAUGCUUGUGCUGUGAAUUUUGCUUGUAUUUUUUGAGUAUGAUUAAUUCCAUGUAGUUUGAUAUAGCUAAACAAUUUAUAUUAUAAGUCAAUAUUAUUUGUAUAUGUCCAUUAUUCGCAUUAAAUGUAUGUCCCUAUACUAAAAAUUGGAAAAAAGAUUGCGGGCCUGAAAUGUUGUCCGAAAGCAAAAACUGCGUGAAUGUUGAAAUGUUUUUUGUAGAUGAAAAUUUCGAGUGGAAAUUACAGAAAAUACAUUUUAGGCUAAACCAGGAGCAACUACGAAAACUACAGGCCAUCUGUCAGCUCUUGGUCAGGUCGAAAAUCACUCACGAAAUUUCUAUCUACAAAAAACCCCUCAACUAUCGAGUGAGAUGCAUACCCCAAACCCUGAUAUUUGUUGAUUACCAUGCAGUAACGCUGAUGCAUUGCAUGUAAAGUCAGCUGUCACGUACUGUACCUGUCGCCUCCUUCGCCUCGCCCACCUUUUAGCUGUCACAUUGAACUGUGAACAAUAAACAGUCGCCAUAUGCGGCGUGUGCUAAAACCCAGAACGGACGAAACCACCGAAACGAAACGAGCGAAACCACCAGAACUGCCGAAACGAAGAUGACGGAAAAUUUAUUUUCUGGUUCUGUUUUGAUUUUUCUGGCUGUUUGCGUGUCGCUUGUUUCAUUUCCGGUGGUCUUGUUUCGUUCCGGGUUUGGCACAUGCAACACGCACGAAACAUCCCCGUUCCAGUUAUUAAAGGCUGCUACUGUGACACAAAAUACUGAAAGUCAGACAUGCAAGUAAUUAAUAGAAUCGUCUAUAUUAUGUAUUGGCCAUUAUAAUACGUUGGUAAACUGCGCGUGAUAAUAUCACUGACAUUUGAGGUGCGCAAUAUUAAAUCUCGCAAGACUGGAUAAAACUGAUUAUUUGUACUACGCAAAUUUAAAUACAUGUGACGUCUUUUACAUUAUGCUAAAACAAUUAUUUCUUUGAUUGUAGUUUUACGUCGUACAAUAUGUUGGCUGGGAUUCAUCCUUCAAUGAAAUUGUACCUCGAGAGAAAAUACGACCUUGUAAUCCCAAGUAAGUUUUCUUCUUUGUUCAGCUUGACUAUACACGUAACAAUUAUGCAUAAGCUGUAACAAACCUGCAGCAGACUUGUAGCAAUGCUGUUCUAACUACUUGUCAACAGCAUGUGUGUUCGCACUGCUUGUUGACAAGUUGUCAACGGCUUGUUGUCAACAUGCUACAAGGUUGUUGAGCUCAACUUACUUGUUACAGAUUGUUCCAAUAACUUGUUGUCGUCCUGUAAUUCAACAAUUGGUCAACAAGUUUAAUUAAAUCUCUAUUAAUUUUUCAGUGAAGCAAUUAACAGAUCAAUGUAUAGCAAGUGUAUAAUUGAUGUACCUCAAGAUUUGCAGCAAAUGUAAGUCUUUAUCUAAAUGUGUAUUUAUAAAUAACACACAUACGUGUGAACGACAGAACUUAAUGAGACAAUAACGUGACUGAUAUACAUUGCAAACAUAUUCAAGCACAAAUAUGCACAAUAGUCUAUCAAUAUUUCACGAUUGCAUGAAAAACCAUUUUCAGAGCUGUCAUUCAAAGGAGGUGAUUGCAAACCGGUGCUGAAAAAUGUCUGGCAGCACAGGAACUUUUUAACAAAAUAUCUUCGCAGGAAGUGUGUUCUUACAUCAAGCAGGAAAUUUUUGUUAUCUUACUUUGAAAUGCCAUACAAUUUGCUUGUUGAUUUAAACUUCCAAAUGGAUCAAAUUGUCAUGGAGAUUUAUGGUGAUACUACAGCACAUUAUCUGAAACCUAGCUAAGCUAUAUGCAUUUGGUUUACACAGGGAAUUUGUAUUUUUGGAUUUUGCUGGCAGGAAGAAAAAUAUUUUCUAUAUAGACCUAUGCCUGCAUGUUGCAACCUUCACCCUCGUUAACCAACGUCUAUAUUGCUGCUUUUAUUUAACACAUUUCUGCUUGCCGACGGCAUGAGUUUAAAUGUAUUAUUUUGUGUGAUAUAGAUGUAAAGAUCAAAAUGUCCACCGAGAGUUCAAACAUCAAAGUGGUGUAGGGUUGGUGGUCUAUAAUGAAGAUCUUGCAAAUCUAAUUUGUUUGGUUAGUUAAAUUUGUCGUAAUUGACAAAUUUCUCUCGAUAAUUUAUCUUUCGCGAUAAAUAUUAUAAAGCCUAGAUCAAACGAGGAUGAGAGUUGAUUUGAUUGAUUUAAUAAUUUUGCCACAAAAGAAAUUACAAAAAGUAACACACAAAGAAAACAAAAAAAUUAAAAAAGUAGAAAUUUGUGGCGAGGGAACCCAAAUAGAAGCCAAAAGACUUAUUGGAUAUUGGGUUACCCCGUCAUAGUUUAAAUAAAUAUACAAAAUAUGUACAAGCAGCACACGAAAUACAAGAUACAGAUAAAUGCUCAUAGUCAAACACUACGGUAGAAAUAUAUAGUAAUUGAGUGAUAUAGAUACUUUUAUAUAAUACCUUAUUAAAUUCUUCGUGCAAUGGUAAGAAUAUUUUCAUUCGGUGAAAGAUGGAAUGUUCCAUUCAACUCGGCUGUCGCCUCGUUGAAUGGAACAUUCCAUCUUUCACCUCAUGAAAAUAUUCUUACCAUUGCACUCAUAAACAUUCAUUAUUUGUAUAAUAAUUAACAUGAGUUGGCAGUUAGUUGUUCUUAAUGUUUUCUCAACAUUAUCAUGUAUUUAUUUAUUAGUUAAAACGUAGUUGGAAAACUCAUCAAACCUUUAUUUUGUUUAUCUAGAGCUUGAAAUAUCUUCUGUAACAAUUCGUGACUGCAACUUUCAUCAACUCUCAUUCUCGCUUAACCGUGACUUAACUUGUACUUGUACGUAAUGUAUUAUGUAAUGUGUAAUUUUAGUCUCGGUCAGAAAAAGCAGUAAAGAAAGCAGCAGUUCUCAGUGAGAUGCACUUUAGAAGUCUAAGAACGAGACUUUUACUACAGAGUUGGAUAAACGAUACAGCCAGUCAACUGCAGGUAUGAUAGUCAUGUACUGUAUAUUUAAGAAAUAUAAUAUAGUAUAAUUUAUUAAAAAGCUCUUGCAGUAUAUAUAGAAACUGAAUUACAGGUUAUAUAAUAUCUAUAUAUGUUAAAACAUCUACAUUAGAUAUCGAACAAUGUCAAUAAUUACAACUAAUGAGUUAAUAUUUUAAAAUUUAAAAGCAUUAACAUUAAACUAAUUUACAUUUAAUCAAAAUACACGUACUAUAAAAUGAGUAAGGGGUUUACAGGUGUAGUUACUGUUCGCGUACUUAAAUGUCCCCACAUUACCCAAAUCUAUCAGUUUGUGUCUUUAUUUCUUCCUCGGAUUUCCCGGAUCUAAGAUUGUAGGUGUGGUUUAAUGAAACGGUUCCAUUAUGGAUAAUAGGGUAAAUCAACAAAUUUCUCACACACUAUAUCUCUGCGCAGUAGGAGGAGAAAGGAUCAGAGCUUCAUCAUCGCAAUGGGAGGGGUUAGGCACUUUCCAUAAUAUACCCCUGGGGCCGGUUGUUCAAAGGUGGUUAGCGCUAACCGUGGGUUAAAACUUAACCUGCUGUUCUGGUUUGUAUAUUUCUGCACGUCUGUUUAUUUCAAAACGUCAGAGAAGUAAACUCAUAUCGAUCCAGACAAGAUCUCCGAAGAAAUAUUUCCAACUUUAUAGACAAGCUGUCAGGAAGUUUGCUUUGGAUUUUAGGUUAACCCAGGGUGAAGCUAACCCAGCUUUGAACAACCGGCCCCUGAGGGGUAAAUUAUGGAAAGUGCCUAACCGGUAUCGAAUAUGGAGCACGCCCCUCGUAGUGCAGCGGCCAUAAACGUGUGUAUGUCUAGUUUUUGUCUACUUUGGAAAAAAUACCUAUUAAUUACGUCUACUUUUACUAGACGUAAAAAUAAUUACGUCUACUUUUGGAAAAAUACCUUACUCCAUAUCAUAUCCCAUAUUUGCCAAUCUACUGUAUUACAAUGUAUUGAACUUUUCCUUAUUCUAUUUAGCUUGCUCAAAAUCAGUUUGGUAUUGUCGAGGUAUUGAAACUUCCAGAAAAUUUGAUGGGUCUUGCUAUAGGUGCACAGGGAGCCAAUAUCCAGAAAGCAAGAAAACUUCCUGGAAUUCGAUCUAUUGAAGUGGACGAGGAAAAAUGUUCUCUUCAUAUUUAUGGAGAAGUGAGUACUUGGGGGCCUGAAGCACUGCCUUUUUUAAGAUCCAAAGGUGUAUAGUCUUGGAAUUCUUACAAGGAGGGUGCAGGGCUAACUGAUACAGGCCAAGUCGGUGGGGAGGAGGAUGUAAUUAUAUGUAGAUAUAAAAGAUGUAUUAUUAGCUUUUGGUAUAAGUAAUAACAGAUACAACACACUAACUUCGCGCUCAACUCGUAAAAACAGUCUCAAACAUUUGAAGUUAUGUACAAAUGUACACUUUAAAUUACGUUAUCGGAUAAAGAUUGCGUCAUAACUACAUGUAAUGUCUUUAAUCAAACUUUAAGCCCCGGAUACAAGAAGAGAACAGGAGUGAGAUUUGAUGAGAGUUGACUGGAUAUUUCCGGUCAAACUGGCAACAAAAACUCUCAUCAACUCGCAUCAAAAUUUGAACCAGCUCAAAGUUGAGUGUAUGAAUGUCGGUCAAACGCGAGUUUCAACUACAUCAUCAACAUCUUGCCAACUCUCAUGUUCGUUUGACCGGAAAUCAUCGUAGACACGUAGAUGAGUACUUUCAUCCAAUCACAAUGCUCGACAGUUUAUUUUAAUUAGAUGCAAGCAGGGCGCUUAUAUAGUUGGUUUUUGCCAUGAGUGGAAAAUAGUCUUUAAAUUGCUUCAGUCCUUCGACUACUGUACGUCUCAGUUCCUCGAAAUCGAGAUAGGGUGUAUGAUGUUGGCAACUUCAGUCCUCUUAUCCUCUUUGUAUUGUUGACACUCUAAUUUCUGUUCUGUAUGUAUAUAUGCAUGAUUUUAAUUAAUUUAAUUUUGAGUUCUUAGAUAGCCACAUCAGCAUAUUUUGCUGCAUACACAUAAAUUACUUGAUGUAUAUUACUGAUUAAUUGAUUGAUUGGUUUGCAUUAUUUUAGAACGAGGCAUGUAUAAAACAAGCAGUCAGCCUUCUGGAUUUUGCUGAGGAAAUAGUCGCUGUCCCAAAGACAUUUGUCGGUAAGAACAACUAGUUGAUUUACGAUCUAAGAUAAUUACGAUCGUCUGAUGUGUCAUUUUUGCCAAAAUACUAUUUGAACAAACAUUGGUAACGAAAGCAGUUUUGUUAUAUAGCAAGUGUUAAAGUUCAAUUUUUCUGUUUGAAACAAUUAUUGACCGGUGUUUGAAUGAAACAAUUAUUGACCGGUGUUUGAAUGAAACAAUUAUUGACCGGUCAACAAUAAAACCGGAAGUGAGGCGCGAGUUGUUCGCGUCAACCAGGAAGUUCAAAAGUUCUUUCAAGAGUUUCAUCAUAUCUGCCGGUCGGUUUUAUUACAGUUUCGGAAUACCAGGUGAAUUAUUGAGACUUUGACACUUGCUAUAAACACUCGUCACAUUAAUUACUGAAACCUUGGGAACACGGUGUGUUUUGUGACCCCUCAACCGCCUCUCAGGGCCACAAAACAUGCUGUUUCCAUCAGUAAUUAAGUAAUAAAUGUUUGUCCUGUUUGCGAUAUUAAGUCCACAAAAGUCCACACAGUUUGAUGUGUGUAUUCAGUAAUCAAUUGAGAUGUUACCCAUGCAAGUCCUAUGAUUCAUUCUGAGUCGUAUAGUAGCUAGAAAAAUUUUCCUUUGGCGUGCUUCGGUUCUUGCAGUUGAGUUUCUUUCCCCCCAUUAUGAGGAUAUAUGUCCGUCCUCUCUCGUACUGGAUCUACACUGGAUGAUGCUAUUCUUAUAAAACGCCUAUCCUUGGGGUGAGGAUCAUUUCCCACGCCCGCUUCCUGGGAGUUCACAGAUGAAUCCACCAGCAUACAGCUGAUCCGAUCUUGUGUUUAAUUUUCACUUCAAGGUAAAGUUAUUGGUAAAAAUGGUAAAAUUGUUCAAGACAUUGUUGAUCGUUCAGGAGUUGUUCGUGUGAGGAUUGAACCACCAGAAAAUAAAAAUUGUGUUGUGACAGAUGAAGAACAAGCGAAAUGUGCUAAAGUAAGUUCCUUGAUUAGCAAAUGAAUGUACAACAACUCAUAACGCGUUUAAUUUUUGUAUCUUAAGGUGGCUCGAUACACUUUUCAAAAAUUCAGGUGUUCAACAUAUUGACAUGUUCAAACUACGCAUUUAUAGGAUUUAUUCAGCAGAUAUUGGGGUUUUUAUAUAGUUUUAGUAACAGAUAGUAUUAGUAUAUUAGUUUUAGUAACAGAUAGUUCGUUGCUAUGACGACAUACGUGUACGAAAUUCACUCAAAAAUGGCCUAUCGCCUCGUAUAGUUGGAAAAGAAGCAUGGUGACCCCCCAUUUUUUUCCGUACAUUAUUUUACUUGGAAGAAAAACUAACAAUUAGCAAAAUAUAAAAAAAUUCUGUAAUGCCAUUUUUUUGGAAAAUGCGAAAAUGUCGUACUCUUCGAUAAAGUGUUUUUGGCAUUACAGAAUUUUUUAUUUUUUGUAUAAUGAAAGUUUUUAGCGGUGCAAUAUAGCAUGCAAAAUUUGAACAUAGGUCACGAGACAAAAUAGAGAGAUAUAACGCAUUGUUUUUCUAAAAUGGAAAAUUCUAAUGACGUCAGCAAUUGACAUAAAACGCUAUAGAACACGCGCAAUGACAUGAGAUGGCGCGAGCAACUGCUCACGUCAGGUCAUUUUGGAAGUUCUUUCAUUUCGAUCGUUAAUCAGUUUUCGCGACCUGCGCGUAAAAAUGGUCACCCGGUUUUGUUCGCGAUUCUUGAGUAGGGUGUUCGGGAUGACUAUAUCGAGUCACCAUAUAAUUCAGUUAUCAAUUAUUCCAGAUGUUUUAAACUUACACAAAAUGUUCAUUAUUCAUUUCAUAUAUGAAAUUAUUCGUUAUAUUUCGUUAUAUUAAAAUUACAUACUUCUUCAUUUCAUAGAUGAACCUCGUAUUCACUAUAUUAAAAUUACUUAUCUCCACGCUUCCACUAUGAUUUUUAAUAGUAAUUUUAUCGCAUGCAAAUUAAUCAUUUGGUUGAAAACGUAAUCUGUGAAUCCUUACCAGCUGAUACUUUCAGCAAAUAUAAGAUUAAGAGAAAAGUGUGCAUAAAUACCAUACACAAUUGAUUCAAACUGUUCGAAAUAUACAGUAAAUCAAUGAAUAGACUGUACUGUGUUUUCAUCUCCCUCGUGUUUCGUGCUCAGUAGUUUUAAGGAGGCCUUAAAAUAUCUUUUACAGGGCCGUCUGACAAAAUGUCCGAUGACGUUGAGUUUGGGUCGGACAUAUGUGUGAUGACCUCCAGUUCAGUUUUGACUCGGUAAUAAGUCUGAAUGGCACACAUGAAUAUCAGCACAUUGUAUUAAUUCUGAACGGUAAAUGUUGUGAAGUCAUACUUAUUUCCAAGCCAAAAUUAACUCGCUUUCCAGAACAGCAGUAUUAAAAAAGACUUCGAGCCCGUUUUCGACUACGUUAAAACAACAUUUCCAGUUCACCUUUAUACAAUAGUACUCUGAUUUUCCACUUAACAUACAAGCCUCUAGUCAUGGGAUAGGGUACAUUUUGAUCGAUUGACGUUGGACAAAACUACAGUUUGGUCUGACACCAAUACACUCAGGUCGGACAAACCAUAAACCUCAGUUUCAAUUAGGUUGGACAGAAUGUCCGGUGGUUUCCUCUCUACGUCGGACAAUUUCACUAAUGGGUCGGACAAUGUCCGUGACCGACCGAUAUUUUAAGGCCUGGUUUUAAGGGUAGGUUUGUGGUUGGAUAAAGAUCAAAGAGAAACGUAUUCGUACAAGCAACAUGGGGAUAUUACCUGCAUGUGCGCCUGUCAUGUAUGAUUUUGCAAACAUGGAAACGAGGCCAUUAGGACAAAGUGCAAUAAACGUAAAAUUUAUUGUGUAUUGUAAUUAUGCACACUUUUUGUGAAAUAAACUGCAACUUUAUGAUCUGUGGAUCCACCAUACCUUCGUAUUGAACAAUUUAUGCAUUGCGGUUUGUUAGCCUGUCAUCUUUUUUUUUGGUUUCAGAAAGAAGUGAAUUUCUUGUUUGUUGGCACACGUGACAGUAUCGACAAUGCGAAGAUGAUGCUUAAUUAUCACUUGAGCCAUUUAGAGGUUUGUUGUUGCUUGCUGGAUGGUAUUACUUUAGGUAAUGUUUGCCUUUUGCGUGGGUUCUUUUAUACCAAUGUACAGCAGCUCUUAACCAUAAGAUUACGGAAAAGGUAAUUUGUUUUGGCAAUUUGUCCCAACGGUAGGCUACAUACUGAUGUAAACAAUAAAUUCUUCUGCCGAAAUAGCAUAAAUCUUCACGCGACUUGCCAAUGCAGCGAACAUAUUUUAUUUAAAGUGUUUAUGAAACGAACAUUUAACCUCAUCUUUUUAUUGUUUUUCUAAAAACACUGCUGGAGUGAUGAAGAAUGACGUUUACAGUUUUUUCAUAUCUCAUUCUCAAGUUAUCGCACUUUCUAUAUUUUCAGUUGUGACGUUCAAAAUUUCUUCAGAUUUGGUUAAAUGUUAUAAAUUGCAAAAAUGGUACGCUUGGCGUACAUGUAUCUGCGAGAAAGCCGCCAUAUUUGUUUUACUGCCUGUUCGCAGGCGUACGGCCCUAAUUAGUCGACCUGAGUGUUUAACGCACACACAACUCGAUAGCAUAGUAUCUAGCGCUACAUGCAGAUACAAAAACCGUUUUGGGUGAAUUUUAACAAUUUAUAGGUACUCUGCACCUUUAACUGCAUAUAAUGUUUGUUUCUUUGGUAAUUGCAAAUAAUAAGUAACACUUGUUGCAUUAGUACUGUGGAUAUUUAGAAUUGAAUUCGCUACAUGUCGAAAACUAGAUGCAUGCACUCAUUUGUCUUGAGCGGAAUUCGAAUUCGUAUCUUCGGGUUUCCAGUCCGAUUAGGAGCGAUUUUUUUGCCAGUUUAUGCGUGCACGAAGUAUUUUCCUGACGACUUAACGCUUGUCUCGGCGCAAGAGGCGAGUCCAAGUGAUUGUUCUUUGCCGUGUCAGCAUUAAUAUAAAUUUAUUCUAGGAAGUAGCAAGAAUUAAGAAAGAAAAAGAGAGUCUAGAACAACAAUUAAAAAACAUGGGACUAACACCUCAGACUGGUCCAUCGUAUAUGCCUUCCCUAGCUGAAAUGAAGAGUGGCCCUAAUGUUGUCCUAUCAGGCUUACCCCUGGAGCCACCCAGCAGAGAUCGUUCUAACACGACAGACAGUUAUGCUGGGGAUUUGAACAUAGCUCCUGAAUUCACGAGUAACAGAAGUGAAGAGAUGGACAUGGGACCCAGGAUACGGACAAGCAGCAUGGGCGAAGGAGCUAUAGAAACAAGAGACCUGAACACGGUCAAGGUAUAACUUGUCUUUGGAUGUCAAGUGUCCUAGAUACCAUAUAUAGAUACUUUCCAUCUUUAAAACAUUCACUCUGAAAGCACUCGUGUGAUAAGAGUCAACACUCAGAGUAACAUCACAAACAUCGUAUUCACCUGAGUACACAAAACCAACACCGAAAAAAAAGUCAACACGCCGAAAGUCGUGGGUUUUCUCCUGUCUUUCCACAGUUCCUCAAAUUUGCUUUGGAAAAAAUUAGGGUAAGGCAGGCGCAAACUUGCAGGCCCUUGUGGGUUGGAGCAAUAGCACGCAAAUGCCCAUGGGAAUGCUUGAUGUAUUCCCAUCAUUCAUUGCGGAAUGUGCGACUGGAGACGAGGCAGGGUGUUCUCCACAUGGAAAGUUGACAGGAUGGGUUAGGAUAAACAUAAGAUAAAUAGUCUACACAGCUAAAAACGCACAGGUUGUUGCAAGUUGAUAUCGACAGGCGUGAACAAUGCUGUGCGGCCAACUAUGAACAAGUUGUCCACCAUGUUGUUCCAAGUUGUUACAGUUGAACAAUGUUGUAACAACAUGUUGACAGUACUGUUCAUAGUGGGCCGCACAACCUUGUUCACGCCUGUCGAUAUCAACUUGCAACAAGUUGUUGAUUUUCUCAAUUUUUACGCGUGUAGGCUAAAUAGAUAAUAUAAAGUAAGCGUAAAACUUGAUGUAAUCAGUCACUGAAAAUGUGUUCCUCAGGCUUACUGAAACAGCUUCUGUUCAGCGUACUGAAACAACUUAGACGUGACUACGAAAUAUACAUUUCCUGCGUACAUUUUUUGCAGGGAGGUAAUCGAGGUUUGAGAGGAAUUCUUGAAGAAAGAGAAGAUGAUAAACAUCUCUCUGUCCAUAAUGGAGCAAGAACGACAGGUAUUAUGUAUCAUUGAGCUCGUUUUUAUCUCAUAGUCUAACAUAGUCUAUCAAGAUAUGAUGUUAUGGAAGCCCGGCAAACUUCAAAGCCACAAAAUGGAAGAUAUGGAAGACGUUUGUUCGAUGUUGAACUGCACCUGACCAUGCACAAAUCCUUUGUCCCAACUUCAUUAAAUAUUAUCGUGGUUGCACGUUUCAUAUCAGCUAUCCCUUUUGGACGGUUACUUUACGAACGUACAAUGAGCUCAAUCACGUGACCGUGCACAAAUUAACAUAAACUCAGACAAAACAUAACACAAUGACUUCUGUUUAGUUUCCAAACCAUCAUAUGGAAAAAACAAUGGAAUAAGUGCUCUUUUCUAGAAAAUGUGCCCGUAAGAUGUGGUGGCCCUUAAACCUUGUGUCUUCUAACGUGCCUGAACGUGUCCAUAUCAAGCAUUUCAAACAACAAAUUUCUACCAAAAUUCCUUUUAUUUUUGCAAUAUAAUCGAGAUAAAAAAGGCAGCCUGUUGGUUUUAUCGUUAGGAUUUUUAUACUAUCGCAUAAAAUACUCUUGCAACUUAGUUAAAAAGCUGCCAACAGAAUGACAAAUUGAGUAUAAAUUUGAAGGAUGGAGUUUGAUGUGAUAUUAGAGAGGUGCAGAUUUGACUUCCGCUACCUCUUGUUGGCCUAGUGCGCAUCUGAUUGGUUAAUCGGAUAUGUCAAACGCAUCUGAUUGGUUAACGGUCCUUUAAUGGUAGCGGUAGUGAAAGUCAAAUCUGAACCUCUAUUAUUGGAAAUAGAAAACACACCAGUGAUUCAAUGCAGAGUAAAACCCGGGAAUACGAAUGUUAGAUACUACUAUUGUAUAGAUAAGUUCAGUUCCUAAUGCGGGACUAUAUAUUACGUGUCGCUUUCGGCUGACAGCCUUGUAUCAUGUUUAGACUCCUUGUCUCCAAAUUUUGAACGCAGAAAUUCUCAAAAUAACCAACGGGAUCGUUCAUCAAGUGAUGGUGCUCUUGGAUUAAUGAGAAAAAAAUUCCGCCCAGAACGUAAAGGAAUAAAUGAAAACUGGCGACAUCCUGUUGACGAGAAAAAAGAACCUGGAAAUUCAAGGACGAUAAAUAGUGUGGAAACACGGCCUGAUGGUGCAAGAUUGCAUGAGAAACACUCUGGGGAAAAUAACCAAAGUAAUUUGAAACGAAAUAAUCAUUCAGGGACGAACAACAGGAACAGUGGAAAACGAAAUACCAAACAUGAAGAAAAGAGAAAUAAUUCAGAGGGGGAGAAAGGGGCAAAAAGAUCAGGAAAUGAGGGUAACACUGUCAUUUUUUUGAAUGCACGAAAGUUGUAAAAUGUGUAGAAGGAUCGGGCUUGGUUAAUGUUGCAAAUUUCAUUUCCAAAAAGUUUUUAUCAAGCUUAACAUUAAUUUGCUUAAAUAAUAAGUUAUCAGGCUUUCAUGGUGUAAUGUACUGUAUAUGAACUUCGUUACCUCGUUUAAACUUUUAAUAAGGUUCUAAAAAAUUAUUUGGGGGGGGGGGGGGCUCCCAGUGUUCGCACACUGACUUCGUUGACAGUUUAUUCAUUACACUUACAAUCUGGCACACACAUUGCAAUUGCUUUGUUGACCCAAAGCAAAAUAUUAGUUAGGAUGAAAGAAUUAACUGGUGUUUCCACAAUCCAUCAUUCCACAAUCUAUCAUGUUAUCUCCAGACAUGCUGGAUGAGGUCAUUUUAAGGUCAACUGCAAUGGAUCUAUUUUAUGUACUUCCACUAUUAAAUGUUUUUUCUUAAUUUUUAGAAAAAUCUGUGAAAACCGAGGACAAGAAUGGCAAGAAAGUGAAUAAAAACAAUAAUGUCGUGGCACAAUCAGGGACAGGAAAAUCUACCCAAAAUGAAUAGAAUAUAUUAUGUAGUAUAUAUUUGAAAUACAAUGACUAUUCUCAUUAUUGUAAAUAAACAAACAACAGUUAUUACAGAUCUUAUUACAGAUCAAUCUUCAUGGGAAAAGCUUAAAAUUCCCGCUGGAUAAAAUGUUUGUAAAAUAAUUACAAUGAAUGCGAAGAAUAUUGUUGGUAUAAAUACCAAAUACAAAUAUAUUAUCUUAGUUUGUAAAAGCCAUUUGUAAGUCUUUACAGUAAAAAUGUCUAUGUAAAGAUGGCUCUGCGCAUAAACAAACUCGCAAGUUCGCUGCCAGUACUUGCAUCUAAUUGUUUGUCGAGCAUUGUGAUUGGAUGCAAGUACUCACGGUGAGCUUUUGCGAGUUGGUGGAAAAGAGCUUUAACAUGACGGAUCUUACUGAAAAUUAUGGAAAAAAUUAUGGAAGUUUCGAAUGAAAGAUCAUAUACAAUUUUAGACAGAACCAAGAACUACAGACCUUCUGACAGCCUAGAGUUGGAGGGCCUCUGCUCUUCUGUCGACACAAUUCUUGGUGGCGAUUACAUGUACUCGUUUAUCUGAUAUGCAAACUCGAGCCGAAGGCGAGAGUUUGUAUAUCAGAUAAAGAUCGGCUGCUCAUGUUUUAACGUGCUUAAAAAACGACCCAUCUUAUGAGUUCAUUGGCGAAGUAAUUUUAAAAAUAAACAUUAUCUAAGCCGAGAAAAUCAAAGCUGAAAUUUAUGUAAAUCAGGACAAAUUAUCCGAUUUACAAA